AUGGAAGGGUUAGUUGAACUUGGACAAGAACCUAGGCAAGAAGAUGUGGUGAACAAUGAUGAGGUUGAGGAAGACAAGAAAGAACAAAAGCCGAUUGUCAAAGAAUACAAACCUCGAGUGCCAUAUCCUAACGUGUCGAAGAGAUACCAUACGAACGAACAAUAUGGUAAAUUUCUUAAGCUUAUUAAAAAAUUACACAUUAACUUAUCAUUUGGUGAAGCUCUUUCGCAGAUGCCAAAUUAUGUCAAAUUCUUAAAGAGGUUGUUAACAAACAAGAGGAAGAUAGACGACUCGUCAACUGUGGAGCUCAACGCAAUUUGCUCGGCCAUUCUCCAAAAUAAACUACUCAACAAACUAACAGAUCCAAGGAGUUUUACUAUUACUUGCCUUAUUGGUAGUUUAAAUAUUGAUAAUGCUUUGGCUGAUUUAGGGGACAAUAUUAAUGACAUGCGCUACAAAAUGUUUAAACAAGUUGGUCUUGGGAAACCCAAACACAUUAGGACAAGUAUUCAACUAGCGGAUAGAACCAUUAGAUAUCGUAGGGGUAUUAUUGAUGAUGUACUCGUUAAAAUCAAUAAAUUUAUAUUCCUUGUUGAUUUUGUUGUUUUUGACAUGGAUAAGGAUAGUGACGUACCUUUGAUAUUAGGGCAACCCUUUUUAGCCACUGCUAGGACUAUUAUCGAUGUUAGUACGGGUGAACUUGUGUUUCGUGUAGGUGACGAAAAUAUUAUUCUCCAAGCACGUGAUUCUGUGAGAGUCUCUAAGGAUCAGGAUGAUAUUAAAUAUCUUUUGAAUGUUAGUAACCAUGUGGCUCAACCUUCUUUGCAGGAAAUCCCUCCUUAA